AUGUCUCUCUCAUUGCAGUCCACAUAUAAGCUGGUUUCAGGCUAUGAAAUCCCCGUCGUGGGAUUCGGAGUUUACCAAACUCCCUCCGAUGUCACCGAGAAGGUGACCGCCAAGGCCAUUGAGCUCGGCUACCGCCAUGUCGAUAGCGCUAAAGUCUACGGAAACGAAGUGGAAAGUGCCAGUGCCAUCCGCCAGUCCGGACUUGACCGUUCCAAGAUCUUCUACACCAGCAAGGUCCCCCGCUCAUGCAUGGGAUAUGAGAAGGCCAAGCGGGCCAUCGAGGAGAGCAUUGCGGCCGCCAACCUGGGCUACAUUGACCUUAUGUUGAUCCACGCCCCCUACGGCGGUAAGGAAGACCGCCUCGGCACCUGGCGCGCACUCGUCGAGGCCCAGAAGGCAGGCCACAUCCGCUCCCUGGGUGUGUCCAACUUUGCCAUCCAGCACCUUGAGGAGCUGGAGGCUUACAUUAAGAGCGGAGCCGGUGGCGAGAUCACCGUUGGCCAGUAUGAGAUCCACCCGUGGUGCCCCCGUGAGGAUAUUGCGGAGUGGUUGAAGAAGCGCAACAUCAUCGUCGAGGCGUACUCUCCACUUGUGCAGGCGACGCGCAUGAAGGAGCCCGUUCUGCAGGGACUGGCUAAGAAGCACGGCAAGAGCGAGGCCCAGAUUUUGGUCCGCUGGAGCUUGCAGAAGGGAUACGUGCCCCUCCCCAAGUCGGUGACUGAGUCUCGCAUCCUCGAGAACUCCCAGGUCUUCGACUUCACUCUGUCGGAAGAGGAUAUGGCCAGCCUGAAGCUCAACCUGUAUGAGCCCGUGUGCUGGGACCCCGUCCGUGACUGCAAGAUCUAA